UAGUACAUAGUAUCUACCCGACUUUCAUUCGCAUCUGUUAACUUUUGUGACGCUAGCUGCUACCGCUACAGUCCCAAAAACCUCGCGACCAUCUGGGGCGCUGGCUCGUUUGACGCGGGCAGCAUGCUCAAGGUGUUCAUUUGAGGACUUGCCACCUGCACCACGAAGGGAAGGGAGUGUCCAGAGCGAAAUAACGGGUCAGUAGGUCUACGGGAUACGCAAUUGAAACGGGCUGCCUUGCGGAUCCCGUCGCCACAGAUCAACAAAGUUUGCAAGACGUCGGAGUUGACUUUUUAAUAUUGACACUCCGUCGUUUUUGCGUUGCGCACACUUGUCACCGUGACCAGUAGCAGCAUUCCAUCGCUGCAAGAGCCGCCAGCCGACGCGCUGGACACUUCCUACGCACUCAUGGAGGAAUCCACGCGGCAUGCGGCGGCCAGUCGCAACUCCAAGUCUCAGGACGUCGCUGAGUUCUCGAGACUUGAUCAUGAUAAUACCAAAAAGGGGUGCAGGUGGUGGGCGUGUUGUUGGUGGAGACGACGAGCUUUUGCAGAGAAAUCCAAUACAUUGGAGGCCAGUGAAGAACGCAGCGCUAGUCGAGCCAGUGUGAGCGCGAGACCCAAGACCCACGACCAACUAGUGGCAGCCAGACAACUUAAACAACAGAUCGCACACUACUCGACCAUGCGCGUGCAUAUGAAGCGUGUGCAGCUGUGUCUGGAGCAGGAGAAACGCAAUAAAUUCUACAAGGAGCUAGUGGUGUAUCUAUGUUUCUUGGCAGUGGUAAUGGCGACUCUGUUAACGCUACCGAUCCACUUCCCGUACGAGCAGAACGCGGUACUAGACAACACAUAUUUCCAAGAACAAUUCCCCGAUGAGACUGUCCCAAAGACGUUCUAUGAUAUUGGCAAUGAAGGUGAAAUGUGGCAGUGGGCCAGUGGCCCCAUGCUGUCCCAGUUCUACGACCCUCCUAUUCGGAAUAGCCGUCCCAUUGGCAGCAUCCAGAUGCGAACAGGACGCGUGAAAGGAGCUCUUUGCAGUCAGACAACAGGAAGUAGCGAGUUUAUCAUGUUCUCUGAUGAAAUCUGCUACCCUGAGUACUCGACAAGCCAAGAAAUGAAGGAGCCGUACGGUAACAAUAGUGGAGUUUUGGGUGCGCAGUAUCAAUGGACCAGCGGACUGGGUAAACUAGUGCGUUCUGAGACGUUUAAACCCGGUUUAGUAAGCCACGAGAUGGACUAUGGCCACGGUGGUUAUGUGGUAUAUCUUCCUCGCGAUAACUAUACUGCAGCUACUGCGUUGAUCACGCAGAUGCAGAGCGACUUUAUUCGAGAUGGCACGCGGUACAUGGCGUCAACGUUUGCGUUUUACAAUGCUCGUAGCAACAUUUUCUCGCAUGUCCAAGGGCUGUUUGAGAUGAGCAAUACAGACUACAUGGAGGUAACUGGCCGCAUUAAAAGCUUUCGGAUUCUGGCAAGUUACAAGGAUACUGGAGACUUUUUGGAAGCAAAUGCACUCGAAAUUGUGCUGCUUUUUGCCACGCUCUUGCUGGUGUAUCGAGAGAUCUCGGAUUUACGUAAUUACGGGCUACGAAAGUACGUGCAGUCUCUCUGGAACAUCCUAGAUAUGCUUCAGCUUGUGUUGCUUAUUGUUUUCCUUACGCACUGGGUAAUAUUUGCUGUCAAAUCGGAAAAUAUCCGUGAUGAUCUUUAUCGUGUUGGCGACAUGGACUGCUCUGUUCCAGCGGAAGACCAGAGUACAGCACGAGAUUGUUUUGUGGAUAUCGCGCCAUUGGCGUGGCUGUCUCGCGCUGUCACGAACUACGCAGCAGCUCUUGGAUUGGUGUCUGUGGCUAUUGUGUUCAAGUAUUUGCGUCUGAAUUCGCGUCUGAACUUGCUGUGGCGUACGCUUCGCUUCGCAGCGAAAGAUUUGCUGGCGUUUGUGAUUAUUUUCUUCACUAUUUUCUUCGGUUUUGCAGUCAUGGGCUUCCUGACCUUCGGUACAGCGGUGCAGCAAUAUCAUUCGCUAUCUGUAUCGUUAACGAGCUGCUUCCAGAUGCUGCUGGGCGCCUUCGACUAUGAGGAAAUCUACGUUGCCAAUCCGACUAUGGCUGGCAUCUUCUUUUUCAGUUUCAUGAUCUCGAUCUACCUCAUCUGUGUCAACAUGUUCAUCGCUAUUAUGAGCGAGUACUACUCGCUAGCUCAGACUGAGAAGAAAACGCUUGAAGAGAACAAACGCAACUUGGUAGUUAGCAACAAGGACAAUGAGGAUGAAGACGAGGAUUUUCGAGACUCGCUACAGUUCAUGGAUGUCGAGUACGAUCUGGCCAAACAGAUCAAGAACUACAUGAAUGGUCUCCGUGUUCGUGUCAAGAUGCCACCGAUCAAAGACGCCAACUCGACGUACAGCACGGAACAACUGGUGCUCUGUGGCUUCCAGAGAGUGCUGCUUGUUGACUAUGACUAUCUCAUGGCAGAGCGCAAGCGUUUGAGACGUAAAUUCCGCGCCUGUGUGCACCUCAUCAUGGUGUGUGGCGACUUGAUGCGCCAAAACGAUCCGGAUUUCACGCUGAGUGUCGAGACGGAGUAUAUUGCAGAGCGUCCACGUCCUCGAGCGGAUUCCACAGACUCGUUCGCGGAUCUGGUGGAGUUCCCGGUCACUUAUAUCCCCAUUUCUUCGUCUCAGGCGAAUACUGUUGAGAUUCUGAAGCGGUUAAAGCGAGGUAUGUUCAUUGAGAUCGACGAUGGAUCACUUACCAAGGAUCAGAUCACGCUGGAAGUUCUCGGAGAACAAGACGAGUACGUCCCGUCACGCUUUAAACGUCGACAGAAUGAUGACUAUAGAGCGAGUGAUAACUUCCAUGUACGUAUCAGUGAAGGCACCAACGCCACCGACAUUUACGGAAGCAGUCGUAAUAGUGAAGGUCCGUUUGGUCUGCGUCACAACCACCCGAAAAUUGGAGGAGCAGGCCACAUUCGAGCGUGUCGUGUGUUGUACAAUGGCAAUGCACUGAUAGAUGGCAACGAGAUGUGCAUCUUACCACGAUCAACGUGGUUCCGAUACUUCACGGGUUACGUCGGCUGGGGCUACAUCAAGCGGCUGCUGUCUUGUAAGCGGAAGAAAAAGAAUAACCAUCGUCUGGUUACAGAUGCGGAUGUGGAUCGCCUCAUCAAGGAGAGUUUUGCUGCUCCUGGACGCGGUAUCUCCUGCAGAUUCGAUGAACUUGUGCGUAACUUCCGCAUGUUUAUCGCCAAGAAGGUACACAAGCGCCGUCUUCGCAUCCCGAACCUGGAGGAUCGGAUUUUCCAGGAGGUUAUCACUUUUCUGGAGCGAUUCCCAUCGGCACUUACGCCUUUGGAUAAACGCGAACUGGAAGGAUACAAGUACACGCCACAACCGGUAGAUACCCGUCGCAUUCGGUUGCCACACUCGAUUAAUUUGCUGGCCGAGUUGCUGUCUCAAAACGCCCAUGAAGUCUGGGCUGUGGGACGUAUCGACCAAGGCUGGCGAUGGGGAACUGAACGUGACAAUGACAAGAAGCUCCACCCCGAUCUUGUACCAUACGAAGCACUCACUGAACAGGACAAGCAGUACGAUCGGGAUACGUCCAUGUCGGCACUUAAGGUUAUCACAGCGUUGGGUUAUGUUCUGGAACCUCCGGCCAGUCUUGAAGAGCAGUUCGACGGCUUUGAGUUCGGCACCGCGGCGACGGAACCCGGUGGCACAUACGAACCCAAGCCGAUCCCGACGGAUGAUGUUAAAGUGCCUCCACAUCUUCGCUCUGUAAUUGAGCUUCUGGCUGAAAACACACACGAAGUGUGGGCACAGAUGCGCAUGGAACAAGGCUGGAAGUUCGGACCGCGACGUAAUGACGCCAAGAAGGAGCACAACGGACUGGUCCCGUACAUUUACUUGACUCAGGACGAGAAGCAGAUGGACCGCAAUACUGCCAUGCAGACAGUGAAGUUGAUCUUGCGCUUUGGCUUCAGCUUCGUGCACAAGGAUCAGCGUACACGUGGUGGCAAGAAGAAGCACUCUGGACAUAUCAAGGUGGUUGGUCGCAACGAGAACCCUGAAGCGCAUAACGUCGGCGAGGCAGUCACGCUAGCGCGUGGAGCUGUUCGAGCCAAGCGUGCCUUCCUGGGUCGAAACGGACCAUUCUCGAGUAUCCGUUCAGGCUCUGCUGCCAGUCUCUUCUCGAUGAAUUCUUCUGGAUCGGAGACGUCGACGUCGCAAGAGUCUCGACAUCGUAGAGCUGCUGCGGCCCAUGCACGUCUCGUUGCAGCCUCGUCGUCUGCAGUGACAGUUGAGUCUUCUGGUGACAUCCCGAUGCCGCUGUCGUCGUUCCAGUCUAUGAGCUCCACAGGAGAGUCCUUCGACUCGCCAAAAGAUGGCGACAAUACUAAGCAGUAAACAACUAGAUGGAAUCAGUGACACGUACAUUAUUCAAGCUCACUUUUGAUCUCACAUA